CUCACUUUAUCUUUUGAAGAUUCUUAGAAUCAUCCCUCAAAAUGACGACAACGGAUGGAACGAAUGGGGUUCAUACUCCUAGACACCUUGAGGCUACUAUUGUCGACCAGUUCGAUGAAUGGGCCACGAAAACACCCAACUCCAUUGCUGUUGAGUGGCGGGGAGAACAGCUCACGUACGCUGAACUACGAACGGCCUCGUUUCGCGUUGCUAGAGCUCUCUUAGCAGCUGGCGUUGGGCCCUAUGACAAAGUUGCGGUUCUGACCGAUAUGUCUCUUGAGAUGCUACCCUCUGUCCUCGGCGUCUUGAGGACUGGGGCCGCCUACGUGCCUAUUGACGUAGCCGCCUGGAGCCGUUCUAGAAUCGAGGCGACCCUGUUCGAACUCUCUUCCCCAUUUGCCAUUGUCACAACCUCGGUCCCUGGACUUCAGCUACCAGUUUCCACGGUGAAUUUCCAGAAGCAGUGGCUGCGGUCUCCGUUAGGAAACGCGGCUGAGCUGAUUGCUCAGCUGGAUGCCCUUCGCAGUGGAUUCAAAGACGAUCUCCUUUCAUGGAUUAUCUUCACAUCGGGAACUACUGGCAAACCAAAAGGAGUCAUGGUAUAUCACAGAGCUAUCUACGCCCUCGCAAUCUCCUUCAACCACAGUGAUUACCUCGAAGCAGCCCUUGGAAAGGAUAUCCGUGUCAUGUUAGCCUUCUCCGUUGCAUUCGACGCAUGCGCUGCUGUGGUAUGGAGCACCCUCACCAAAGGCCGCGCCGUGGUGAUGGCUUCGUCAUCGAGCUUCCCAGAUGUCGCUACCACUUGUGAAGUUCUACACUUGACACCGUCCAUGUUGGCUUCAUUAGUCCCGUCAAAGGCAUACGAUCCAGUGGUUUGCAUCUUCUUAGGUGCCGAGGCACCCAACGUAGAAGUCGUCCGCGAGUGGGUCAAUCCCAACAGAAAAGUCUUCAACACGUACGGUCCGACAGAAUCGACCUGUGUAAUCAGUCUCGGGGAGAUCGACCCGGCGAAGGAGCCUCCGUUUGGCGAAAUCGUUGCUGGCGCCAAGAUUGUGCUCGUAGAUGACAAACUGGAAGAGUGCAAUCAGGGUGAGGUCCUCAUUGGCGGGCCUAAUUUGGCUGCUGGGUAUUUCAACAACCCCACGCUGACGGCGGCUAAGUUCAUCCAAUGGAAUGGUGAACGUUGGUACAGGACCGGCGAUCUCGCACAGCGGACAGAAGAGGGAGACUUUGUGUGGGCGGGUCGAACAGAUUCUCUCGUCAAAAACCGAGGCUUCUUAAUCAAUAUCGAAACUGAGGUUGGGCCCGCGCUGCUAAGCUUUCCUGCAGUGCGUGUCGCUUUGGCACUUAUAUGGCGGGACAAACUUGUUGGUUUCGUUCAGCCAGCCUCUGUUGAUGUUGACGAGCUACGUGCCUUCCUGAAGGAACGAUAUGAUCCGUUCGUUAUUCCGGAUGAUAUCGUAGCACUAGACAGUUUCCCUCUCACUGUGAACAGUAAAAUUGAUAAGCGUGCACUCUUGGCCCAGAGAGAUGAAGAAUUUUCCCAAGAUGAUGAAGGCUUGGAAGAGGAGGGGAAAGAGAUCUCUGGUCAUGAUGCUUUACGCUUAGCCUUUUCGAAGACCUUGCACGUCGCCAUCAAGAAGUUGGACGACGAUUCAUCGUUUACUAGACUCGGUGGAAACUCCCUGACGGCUAUUAGACUUGCCAAUGUCCUCAAGAGUUACGGAUUCUCGGUCUUAGCCAUUCAGAUCUUGAGACUGGACACAAUAGGAGCAUUGGAAAAGUCACUUACGAGGAUUCAUGAGGCGGACGAAGCAAAAGACUACACAACAGGGAUAGCUGUCGCUACUGACGUUCAGAAGUUAUUCCUCCGAAAAUCGCUUCAGAAUCCGGAUUUCUGUGCUCUUAUCGGCACAGCCAGGUAUGUUGGAGACGCUCUUGCCGUUCCAAAUACCAGCGAGCUACACGAUGCUUUCAUCAAGGCUUUUAAAGCUCACAGUAUCUUUGAGACGCGUUUUAAAACGUCCGAUUUCUCUCUUUCUGACCUUGGACGGUUGAAUCUGAAUUGGAAUGAAGUGAGCGUAGGAGAAGCCGAGUUUGAAGGUACUAUUAUUGCGGAGGAGGAGAAGGCCUUCCAAGCCAUGAAAGAUGUUUCUCUUGUUGAUGUUGAGGUCCCUUAUUUCGAUGUCACGGCUAUCUCCAUUCCGGAGCGAAAGGACAUUGCCUUCGUUACACGUGCUCAUCAUGUCUUGGGGGAUGUCUUUUCGACAGCUAUACUGUUUCGUGACGUGGAGCGCGCGUUGGCCGGAGAGCAAGUCCCCCAGGGCACUCGAUGGGAUGACUUUGCACGUUUCAUGGAAAGUUACAAACAAGAAAACUUGCCGAGAGCCAUUUCCACAUUUGAAAAAAUCUUGGGGCCACUUCCUUCUACAUCUGUGUUGCGGUUACCAAAGCCACAGAAUCCUCCCCAGACGGAAAACUACGAUUUAAAGAUUCUUAACUCUCCUUGUGCCUUCACCAAAUCUGCACUCGAUGCCGCAGCGCGUGCUCGAGGUAUUACUGCUACUACAAUGGUCUAUGCUGCGUGGGCACUGUUCCUGAGUAAGACCACGGGGUGGGACCGUGUCGGGUUUUCGAUAAGCUUGUCAGGACGCACAGUUCCCUGGCCACCGGCGCAGGCUGUCGUAGGUCCUGUCGUAGGAAAGUCUCCCUUUAGCACUGCUGUUCCGGCCCAGAAGAAUGUUCACGAGUGGUUGUCCGAAGUCCACAAGACGACUCUAGACAUUAUGGAAUUCGACGGUGUGACAAGCUCUCUACCUGAGUCGAUGCUAGCAAAUCCAACUACGAAUUCAACCAACGUACUCUGUUUUCUCGACAUGCCCCAGGCCUCUACCAGCUGGACCUUUAAGGAUAAACAGAAACACAAUUACUUGAUGGAUUGGUAUCUAUUCCCACAGGGGGACGGCUUGAAGACCGAAUUCGAGUUCAACUUCGCAAAGAUCGAUGAAGACUGGGCGAGGGAGGCGGCUAAGAUUCCCGGGAGAAUGCUGGAGGGGUUAGUCAACGCUGGAGAGAAGACAUUGGUAGGGGAUCUGUUGAAAUAAAAUAUCCAUGUGGCAUGGUAUGCACUUCAAAGUAGCGAUUCAAUAUACUUAACAAUAUGGAUGCCCUAGAUCAACUGAGAGAUACUGGUCUCGCAUCCAAACCGC